AUGGCUGAGAAGGAACUCGAGCCCCUCAUCCCUUCUCGCCUCCCUCUGCUCUCUCCCUCUGCUGACACAGGCUGCUCUGCUCUCAACCUGGAUUAUUUUGGUCCUGAGGAGGAGAGCAGGUCCAGCAGCAGGUCCAGCAUCAGUCCUCCUCCAGGAGUCGACCAUGAGCUGUAUGAGCUGACCAUCAGCAAACUGGAAACCAGCAGCAGCAGCAGCCACCUGGAGGACGCUCUGAACCGCCUGAUGUCCACGACAGAGAAAACCAGCGUUUCGCUCAGGAAAGCUGUGCAGGAUGAGCAGCUGAGUGAGGAGGCCGGCAGGGUGAUCGCUGGACUUCCUAACAUGUCCUUCAUGCAGGCCAAGGUCCUCAUGUUCCCGAGCAUCCUCAUACCUGAAGAUGAUGUGUGAUCCCAACAUGAAUAAUGUCAGAUUUUACUGUGCAGCAUCAUUAAUCACAAAGACCACACGGGUUUAAAAUACUUUAUAUUUAUAAAGAGCUCGGAGGAAGCAAGAGGCCGACCUUCCUGCUGAGUUAUUCCAUCUCAAAUCAUCAUUUUUUUCUGUUUAACCAUCUCUGAUUUGCUUGAUAUUUUUUUUAUAAUACACUAUGGAUAUUUAAAAUGGUAUCUGUGAAAUAUAUAUGAAAUACUUGCUGAGAUAUUUACAAAAAAAAUAAUUGCCCGUUAACCCAUUUUUAGUGCAUUUUUCGCACAGUGAAAUUUGAGGCUUUUCUAUGAAAUGUUCAGUUAUUUGUCACCGUGUCUUUGAUUCAGAAUCUGCAGGGUUGAACAAGUAGGUCAGUUAGUCUCUGAUUAUCAUUGAGUUUAAUUAUGAAAAAAAUAACUGAGGCUUUCUAAAAAGUUCUGUCUUUGAACACACAUUAACCAAACAGUUAAUAAUGCAGAAGUCAACCAGUGAUAUUUUCUGGUGUAGAUGCAUGUUGCAAUAUUAAUUUUAAUAUGAUAAUAUUUAGUGAUAACAGUUUGAAUAAAAAAUAUUUGGUCAGAAAAAUGACCUUUCAUAAUUUGAGCAGGUGUGACAAGUUGUAUCACAAAAACAAAAAUAUUGGUAAAUAUUGAUCAUGGAAAGUAUGUGACAUAGCAAAGUAAAAAUUCACGAAUAUCUUCACGCUCAGCUAUCUCUGAUUUCGGGCAAAUUAGAAAUAGUUGAGCAGAAAUUGCUUUUAAAAUUUGAUGAUUUCAGAUGGAAUGAACCUGUUUUGGUCAAAAUGCGCCACCUGCUGGCCGUCUUCUGCCUGAAAACUCUGUAAAGAGGCAGAAAGAUCCUCAUAUGUAAACUCACACAUUAAUAUCAAAGCACAGGAAUCUGUAAAAUGUAGAGGAACGUAUGAGUAACUCUAAUGCUGUUUGCUAAAGCCUUAUUCUAACUAAGUGGAAUUUUGUGGUUUAUCUUGGAUUAAAACUCUCCUUUUGCAGACAUUUAUUCCCUGUAGACUCGGUUACAGUAGACUGGCUGACGUAAAUUACAUUUGCUAAUGUAUUUAUUUAUUUUUACUAUAAAACAUGUCAGUGCAUUAUUUUUGAUGUGAGGUUAUUAUAGAACUAUUACAUAAUACAGUUAAGUGACAUUGGAGAGAGACCGAGCGUCUUUUCUAGCUGGUUUGAUGAAGCUUUAACAUAUACAGCGGCAUUUAUCAGGAUGUGUGACAUUUUAUAAAAUUGAAAUUUCUUCUCCUUUUGGCAGAUGAAGCGAUUAUUUGUUUUUUUAUUUCCACUUGUUCACUUCCUCUUUCUAGAAAAUACUUCUUAUUUUUGUCUCUAUGAUUGCUAAAGUGGAAAAAUGUCAUAUUUCUUUGUCUAAAAUGACACUGAACACACUGACUUUUCUGUUAAUCUUGGAGAUAAUUUGGGCUUUUUUUGCUGUCUUGCCUAUAUUAGGCUUCAUUAAUGGCUUGUUUUGAACUUGGUACAUAACUGUAUAUUUUUAUGACAUUUUCUGAAGACUGUUUUAGGAAAUGGACUCCAGUCAUAGAAGGAUGUAGCAGGACGUAAAUGAGACAAAACAUUCGUUUUACGAGGCUGAAAGAAAGCAUCAGGCUGCUUGUUUGUGUUAAAUUAGAAUUGAACUUUAAAUCAUUUUUUUUUUUAAAUUUACAGCAGUAAGACUGUUUUAAAAUGAGCUCUGGAUCUAGUCAUCAUAGUGUUAAAUCCCUCAAAGAGAAUAUGACAUAGCUGAUCAGAAAUGUUGGGAUAAUAUUUUGGUCUGUCACAUCAGACUAUCUUUAUUCCAGAAUUUUUUCCAGAAUAUUUGCAGAAAUUAUUUUGUGUUUGGAUGUUCCCCAUAACUACAGAGUGUGACCUCUUGAAUCAUUAAAUCAAAAACUAAAUCAUGUCUUAGACAAGCUGUCUUUAGGAUAUGAACAGAAGUUUUCUUGUGUUUUGUGAGCAACACCGUCAAUGCAUUUGGUGUGAUUAUUAUUGGGUAUUUAUUUGGGAUAAAUUUAUGAAUGAAGUUCUUCUUCUCACCACCACCCGCAUCUCUUCUUUUGGAUUAU